AAAAGUAGGAAGAGUGAGAGCCACAUUUUUCCACACACCGGUGAAAAUUCGUGUAUUCUCAUAGAGAAGACAAGGAGGCACUUGACUCAAUGAAAGCAUGAGCAAAACAGAGCAGAACCCAGAGUUUGAAAUUUGGAGAGGGAGUGAGGGAGGAAAACAAAGAUGGAACUUGGAAAAGAAAAAGGUGUGGACAGAGGAGCAGAAAAGGAAGAAUUCAUGGUGAAAAAGUUGAAACGCGGGGUACUGGUAGGGAAAAGAGCUGGCCCCUCUACUCCUUCACCUGCAUGGAGACUUGAGUUCUCUUCUCAAAAUGACCAAAAUAACAGAAACUCCUUCCAGGAAUUCCUCAACUUUCCUGCAGCAACAGUCUCUGCAAGGAAACUCUGUGCCAAUCUUUGGGACGUUCAGCCUCUUUACCCACUUGGAAAUAUGCACAAAGGGGCCGCAAGGCUGCGCCACCACCACCGCCACCGACACAAAGACAAGGAUUAUCAUGUCGAUGACGACCCUACUGACAUCCUCCCUUAUCAGCCGGGAACUGCAAGUAGCUUAAAGAGGCACACUGCAGUGUCACUGAUGCAACACCAUCGAUCCUUUGAAAGAAAUGGUCAUGCUUUGCACCCUUUAUCUCCUGCAAGUUGUGGUAGCUCAAUGGAAGUGGCACCUUAUAACCCUGCUGUCACACCAUCUAGCUCUCUGGAAUUUAGAGGAAGGGUGGGUGAGUCAAGUUAUAACCUUAAGACAUCCACAGAGUUAUUGAAGGUACUCAACCGAAUCUGUGCUCUUGAAGAACAGCAUGCAUCUAAUAUGUCAUUGGUAAAAGCUCUAAAAAUGGAGCUGGAUCGUUCCCGGGCACAUAUGAAAGAGUUGCUACAAGAGAAGCAAACAGAUAGGCAAGAAAUGGAUGACUUGAUGAGGCAGGUUGCAGAGGAUAAGCUUGUUAGGAAGAGCAAGGAGCAAGAUCGAAUCAAAACUGCCAUCCAGUCAGUGAGGGAUGAGAUGGAAGAUGAGAGGAAGUUAAGGAAGCGCUCAGAAACCCUACAUCGAAAGCUGGCUCGAGAGCUAUCUGAGGUAAAAUCUUCUUUCUCUAAUACUUUGAAAGAGCUUGAAAGAGAGAGGAAAGCACGGAUUCUUCUGGAGAACUUGUGUGAUGAGUUUGCAAAAGGUAUAAGGGAUUAUGAACAAGAGGUGCGUUCCCUAAAGCACAAGCAUGAGAUAGGUCAUAUAAAGGGAGGAAGCCCCGAGCAGUUAAUUCUCCAUAUUUCCGAGGCAUGGCUUGAUGAGAGGAUGCAAAUGAAGCUAGCAGAAGGUCAAAAUGAUCCUGCGGAGGAGAACUCAAUAGUGGACAAGUUAAGUCUUGAUAUUGAAACAUUUCUUCAAGUCAAACAAUCCAAUGGAUCAAAGAAAGAUGUUAAGCUGUCAACCAAUGAACCUAGAGAAAAUUGCUCACUACGGUAUUCUUUGGAAUCCUUUCCACUGAAUGAAGCUGUAAGUGCGCCUCAAGGUGCUGCUCAAGAAGAAGAUUGCAGUGAUGAUGAUUCACAAUUUUAUGAACUAAACAAGAGUGCAAAUAGAAUGCAAAGGAAGGGGAGCUCUAAACAUCAUGGAGAUAAUGCUUUAGAAAGUCAUCCUGAAGUUGUGCAUCCAAACUCCACAAAGAACAGGGUAGGAUGUAAAUUGCCUAGUGGGCAAGAUCAAACAAGAGAAGAAAAGCACGGCAGGACAAGAAAGUCUGAGAUUCACAAGGCCACCCAAGAUGGUCUAUUUGAUAGAAGAACCACACGGAAUGGAAACUUUGGAUUGAACUCAAGCGAUCUGCAUGGUGACUUAAUCAGAAAUAGUUCCUUGUCAUCAGAAGGUGAUAAGAUUCACCCAGAGAGUAUUCUCAGAGAAGAAUCUCGUGUUCAGUCUUCAUUUGCAGGUCACAUGAGCCCAGUGCAACCAUGGACAUCUAAGUUGACAUCUCCGGAUUUUGGAGAACCUGAAUCAUAUCUGAAACUGCCUCAGGACAUUAACGAGAAUACAUUGAAGGCAAAACUACUAGAGGCAAGGUUGGAAGGUCAGCAAUCUCGCACAAAAGCUUCCAAAAACUCUGUUUAGUUUCCCGAGACUGUCAAGUGUGUGAGGUUGAGAUAUGAGAACUUUUGGUCUUAUAAUAUGUCCAUGAAAACAGGAUGUUCAUGCACAUUAAUUUUUGCUAAUAAUAACAUAAUUAGAUA